UGUUAAGACCGCGCUGAUACGCGAAGAAAUUUUUAAUUUUUUGUAACAAUUUGAAAGUAUAUUUAAAUGUGAAUUGGAAUUUUAGUGAUAUUUUUAACAAAAUAUAAUGCUAAAUAUAUGUAAAAAAAAUGUGAAAGUGCAAUAGAGAUAGAAACAAAUACAACCAUAACAAGUGUAACCUCGUUCCUUCUUUAACUCCAGCAAACACCAAUCGCAAGACAACGAAAACAAACUACGCUACAACUUUAUAAAGGAAGAAAAUAGUUAAAUUAUAAAGAUUUUCUUGGUUUUCUACUAAUUAAAUAAAUUGUGAUUAAGAGUUUUGCAUAACAAUUGAUAACAUAGGCCAUAGGCAACUGUUAACAUGAGUUUUCAUAGUCGUAGUUCUAGUGAAAUUGACACCACACCAUAUGGUGAGAUACUUUCUGUGUUCGUUAGGGAUUUUAACAAGGAUUUUGAAUUUGAUGAUGUCAAGGAGAAAGUUCGGCAUCUAUUUACCAAUACCGAGUUCGAAUAUAUAGAAAAGGUGAAAAAGCAAGAACAAAUUUUACACCUAAUAUGGAUGCUGCAAACAAAGACAGAUGAAAUCAUUUUGCAGUUCUUGGAUGACAUUUCCUACGACUACAAAUGGAUUGUGAACAAAGUCAAGUGGGAACUUACGAAUCACGGGGCAGAUACGAAACUCUUUUUGGAAACACUGCGUGAUAUACAGCGUGAUAAUCAGCUGCACACGGAUUACAAUGUACAUCGCACCAAACCGUUUAUUACUUUGGCCCGCCAUUUGCGUCGUCUUAACAACAAAGACCGUAAUAGCGUCGUGCUAUUGGGUGGUCUGGGUAGUGGCAAAAAAUGGCUGGCCAUCGAUGUUUGCUCUGAUUUUUCCGUAAUGAAAAAAAUGAACUUUAAAAUGUUUUGGAUCGAUUGCCUUAAAUGUACAAGUCCCCAGGAGGACUACAAUGCCUUAAAAACCCUAAUGAUCAAACUCAAUCCGGACUAUGCUUUCCAAGAUCACACAGCAAGUAGCAUUUACGAAAAAAUCACCACUCUGAAGGCUCAAAUAAAGCAUAUACUGGAGUCCAAGGAAUUCAACAACUGUUUGCUGAUACUGGCCAAUGUGCAAAAUGUAAAAGCCGAGAAAGCUUUCAAUUUGGGCUGUAAACGUUUGAUCAUAACGCGCAAUCAAAAAGUACCCGAUUCCUUGUCGGAAAAAAUAAAUCUCAAAAUGGGUCUGGAUGACAGUGGUUUGGAUAUAUGCGAGUUUGAUUUGCUUCUGGACAAGUAUAUCAAGCUGAAUUGGCGAGAAAAUGAGAGAUCAUAUGCCAAUGAUAUCUAUCAUUCCAGCAAUGGAGAUCCCUACAUGUUGAGUAUAAUCGCUCGACAAUUACAGCAUAAGAGAUCCAAUUGGGCCGAAUGGAAGAAGAACCUGGACAAACUACAAAUUCCAGAUGAAAAGUUUAGACGAGACAUAGAAAACUCACUACAGAUGAUGAGCCAAGAGCAGCUUCAACUUUAUGCCACCUUAUCGAUAUUUCCUCAUUGUGCCAAAAUACCAACUAAGCUCUUGGCAACCCUGUGGCAUAAGGAACUAAAUGAGACCGAGAUAAUCAUACGCAAAUUCCACACAGCUUCAUUUUUGAAAAGAGAGAUUCUGUCGGACCAUGAUACCAUAGUUUGUUGCCUAAAAUAUGUCUACAGUUCGUACAUCAAAAAUUGUCCCAGCAUACAGUCGCUAAUCAAUGCACAACAAUUGCAUCGUGCUGUAGUGGAUUAUUACAAAGUUGAGGAGAAUUUGCAAAUUCGCAAGGAUGUUGACUUAUACUUUGGCCCACAACAUGACGAUUAUUUCUUUAGAUGUAUUGGCUAUCACCUGCAUGGAGCGAAGUACAUGCAUCUUUUUCCCAAACUCUAUAUGGAUUUUGGUUUUCUGGGACAAAAAAUGCGUCAUGUGGGUCUGACCAAUACCAUUUCUGAUCUCAAUAAUUAUGAACUGGACAUCAUGCACGGUUGUCCUGAGAGAUUGUUAAAGAAGUUGAUUUUGUUUUUGGCCAAAGUCGAGGAGAAACUCUUGCAUGCUCCCGACUGUUGUUUGUUGCAGUAUGCCUUGCUGACCGAAGAGGAUGUUAUCAAAGAGCUGGCCCUACAGCAAAUAGCACAGUUUCCUCAAAGGGUGUGGUUCCAAGAAACCGGACAAUUUCAUCAGCGCCGUUUCAUUUUGAAAUUGUACAGCAGCUGCAAAAUAAUACGCAUUCUGGAAUCGGACAUUUGUAUAGCUGUUCUGCAGAACAAUGAAACUUUUUUGGUCGAUAUAUCUCUGGAGGCCACCUGUGAGCCGAUACAAUUGAUUAGAGCCUCCACUGUCAACUUGAUUGAUAUGCAAGUUUUCAAUGGCAACAAUCACUUGUUGACUUUGGAUUCGAUGGGCCAAUUGAAAUUAUGGAAAAUUUCUGAAGAAGUAAGGCGCAUUUUGGAUCAACGCGGUGGUGCCAGAAGAACCUUUAAUCCGACUGAAUACAAAUUACGCCCACAACCCAUUCCCAUGCGUACGCUUAGGCAAAGCAUAAAUGAUCGCAUACGUGGCUAUCACCGUGUUUUGGCCUUCCAUUUGGAAGCUUUCGGCCAUAAACUACAUGUGGCCCUUGACAACGGCAAUAUCGUUGUGCUAGACUGGACCUCUGAGGAAUUUCAGACCAACAACAGUUAUAUGCCUUGCAAAACAGCUAUACAGGACAUUAAGUGUGUCUCCAAAAUAAAACAUUCCCAUUGGAUGAUCUUGAACAGCAACAAUAACAAUGCCAUAGAUAUAACAUUUGUCAAUCAACGCAACACUGGCAAAGAGGAGAUACACUUUAAUUGGCCCCAGAACUUGUCUCACUUUAUUUACCACGAAGUCUACGACAAUGUCAUUCUGUUUGUAUUCCGCAACUGUAUAGUGCGUUUGAGGCCAGAAUUCCACCCAGGCAUCGUGAAAGGCAGUGUAGAUGUCCUAUUUGGCAAUGUUCACUUCAACAUCACGUGUGCCAGAUCUUCGCUGAGACACAACUACCUGGUGGUGGGUUCAGAUAAGGGUCUACAUGUCUUCGACUUGGCCAAAGAGCGCAAAGUUCUGGAGAGCAUAGUAAGUGAGAAUAUAAACUCCGUGGACCUCUACGAUCUCGAUGAUGAGGAGUACCAGUGCAUGGUCACUUGUGGCAUUCAAGAGAAAAAUAUUCUUUAUCUGCUGUGCUUGCGCAAAACUGCGGACAACACCUUGGUCUGGCAACAUAGCAACUGGUAUAAUUCGGCGUUGGAACAUGUGGCCGCAGAACUCCGAAGCAACAUACGCCUCUCGGGCCAAAGAAUGUUUGAUGUGGCUGGCUAUGAAAGCACUACCAAACUCUAUGCCGUCGACACCAUGAAUCGAGUACAUCUUAUAUGCACAUCAGAUAUUAAAAAUUGGAGCAUUUUGGAGUUGCCCAAGGGUUUGCCGCAAAUAACUGCCAUUUGUUGUAAUAAACGCAAAGCCUUUGUGGCCUUGCACAAUGGGCAAAUUUUUGACCUGCAUCUGAAGAAGUGCAUAGGGGAGUGUGAAAUUCUCCAGCCCAUCGAGAGCUUAAAACUUAUCUCUCUUUCAGACGAUGAGGAUAUUCUGAUUGCCUCAUCCAAGGAGUUUACGGAAAUAAUGCGUUUAAAUGCCACAACGGGCACAAAUUCGGUGAACUUUAAAUUUGCCACAAACAGUUGUUUUCCCAUAGGCGAUGAUUAUUUGUUGCUAGUGAAUGCCUAUGGUGCUGUCUUGUAUUUGUCAAAGGAUUUGUCUAGUACAUGCAAGGUUUUAAUUGAUCCCUUUGAACGUUUGGCCAGUUGUGAUUUUAAGGAUAAUGUGCUGUUUCUGGGAUUUACAAAUUUCCUAGUGCGGAUUUUUACUUUCACUAUCACCAAAAACGGCAUUGAGUUGGUGAAACGCUGCGAGUUAAAAGAAAAUGGUUACACCAUCACCUGUCUCACUGCCUCACCAAAUGGAAAACUAUUUGCCAUUGGCUUAAAUACCAAUGCCAAUAUGCGAACAAAUGCAACUACCAUUGCUGCCACAAACUUCACUGCCAACAAUAGUAAUAACAAUAACAAUAACAAUAUUAACAGAUCCUGUGGAGAUAUCGAAGUUUACAAACUAGAGGAUAAUUUUAAGGAGCAAUUACUCUACUGCCUAAAAUCACAUAGCACUCCCGUAUACGACAUGUUGUUCUCACCGCAAAAUGAUGUUUUGGUAAGCAUUUCCGAACAAAUUUGCUUCUGGAAUGUGGCAUUUAUUGUCAACAAUCCUUUGAAUAUUAACAACCGUAAAAGGCAUAGUUCAAGAUUCUCUUCGCAAAAGAGUGCUGAAGAAGUGGAUGCCACAAAUGUUUUGGUCCGAAGGGCACGUGGUGCCUGGACGAUGAGAGGCAGCAGUGAGGACCAAAAACAAAGUGUAGUGUGCCCCAAUAAUCAUUUUCAAAUGUCCAUGUCUUUUGAUGGCGACGCCGAGGUAUUUGAGAGCACACCCAUCACCAGCGCCCAGCCGGAAAGUGUUUGGCAAUCACUUACAGGCCCAGGAGACAAACCUGAGUUGCUGUCUUGCCUGAAACUGGAUGGCAAUAAAGCCAUACAGAUUUACACAAAUCGAGAUUUCACGCAAUUCUAUAGCAUAGAUGACGAGGGAGUCUACUAUAAUCUCAAUGUCAUUCAACCUCCCCCGCCAUCUGCUACUCCACUGCCGAUUAAAGAAGAUUCGCCCGAUACUGUAGAUAUUGGUGAAGGAGUUUACUCGAUUCCGAACGAUUUUGAAGAAGAUCACCACAAUAUGCCUUAUAGAGAUAUGCAUAGACUGUCGGUGGCCUCGACCAUUUCGGGCACCGAUGUUGUAGAUGAUGCUACACAUGACACAUGACAGGCGCCGCUCAAAAAGUGUCGUACUUAUUGUUUAAUUUAUCUCAAUGAAGUUUUAACGUCCCUUUUGAUUGUUUGUAGUUUACUAUGUUUAAGUCACUUCAUUUAUACAAAAAUGUAUGCAUUUUUAAUUGCAUAGGAGAAAGGAGGAGAAGAAAAUUAUAUUCGUCACACCAGUGAGGAGGGGCAGACGCAGAUUUCUGGCAUAUUUCAAGAGAAUUUAGUGCAUUUUACGAAAUAAAUACCUUAUCUAAUCAUUUGUUCUUCUCCUAUAGGGGCCAUAUGUGAAAACCUACAUUACUCUUAUCCGAAUUAGUCAUAGUUUUAUUAAGAACAAAAAAAAUACUCUAAGUGUAAAGCAAUGGUCACAGUUUAGCCUUACAAAAAAAAAUUUAAUAUCAUAUAAGGCAAACAAAUUUUGCAUUAAGUCGUUGGAAUUUGCAAUGGUUGGGCAAAUACACUAGGAGUAUAAAACAAAUUUGAGUUAAAAAUUUGCCUAAUGUGGCCGCAGCUUAAGGCCCAGGGGGCUUGACCCUGAAAAUUGUUAAAAUGUAUCUAGAUGAGAACAUUUUUUUUCAUUGCAAAGAGAAAGAGCAAUGCGGUUGUAGCCGCUUUCUGGUGCAUAGAACCAUGCGAACAAUCCAAUGCAUUGAAUCACCUGGUGCAUAGAAACAUCCGAUACACUAAACCAUACGGGACAAAGGUGCUUGCUUUUUUAAACGAUUAAAAUAUUUCUGAAUUCUCAACUUUGACUUCAAGUUUUGUGAUUUAACUUCACUAUGUUUUGCAUUUUUUGUGAAGUAGUUUCAAAAUAUUAAAAAAAAAACAAAACCUAGAGUUUGGCUUGGUUCAACUUUCUUUUUAAAUCCGGGUCCGAAUUGAGUGAACAUUCAGCCUUAAAUUUCCCAAAUGGUAAAAAGUGUUGACCUUUGUUGAUUGAGGUAUUGCCAGAGCAUGUAUAUCAUAUAUGAUAUACCCUUUUAAAAUGGUCAAAAAUUGUGCAAUUUAAAAAUCUCUUCAUUAUAUAUAUAUAAAUAAUUUUAAUAAGGCAAACUUUAUGUAAAAUUUACUGCCAAAUUUACAAAAACAAAA